AUGUCAUUAGAAUAUGAUAUAUUAAACGGAACAGAUGAAUUCCCAUAUCCUACAUCGAUAAUAGGAACAGAUUUCAAGAAUUUUUCCAAUGAUUUCCAUGAAAUUGAUGAAUUUUUAUAUCUUAAUCAUCGAUUUAAUUCAUUAGAUUCAUUAAUUAAAGAUUUAAAUCAAUUAUCGAAUAAUUUGAAUGAAACAUUAUUGAAUUUAGUUAAUGAUGAAUAUAAUGAUUUUAUAAAUUUAGGAAAAUCUAUUAAUUCAGGUAAUGAAUUGAUUGAAUUAAUAUUACAAGAUUUAACGAAUUUUAAAAUUGAAAUGAUUGAAUAUUUAAAUAAAUUUAAUAAAAUUGAUGAAGAAUUAGAUAAAAUAUUGAAAAAUAGAGAAUUAUUAAUGAAUUUGAAAACUUGUAGUAAAUUAAAUUUAAUUAUUCAUGAUCAAAUGAUGGAAUUUGAUCAUCUUUUAAUUAAAAAUGAUGAAUUAUUUAAAAUUGAUAUUAAAAGUUUUAAAAAACUAACAAGUUUAUAUAUAUCCAUGACAAAUAUAAUUAAAUUUUUAAAUGAUUUCACUUCAAAUAAUCCUGAUAUAGGUGAUUGUUUAUUUCAUGAUAAUUAUGUAACUAAUAAGAUUGGGUCAAUAAAAUUGGAGUUUAAAAGUUAUUUAGAUCAGUUGAUCAAGAAAGAAUUGAGCCAAUCAAAAAGAGAUGGUGAUUUUGUAUUAGAAUUAUUGAAAGUAUAUGAAUUAAUUGGUAAAACAGAUGAUUUCAUUGGGUUGUUAUCAUUACUGCAAAAGAAGUAG